AUGCAUUGCUCGCUCGGUCGUGGGCAGCAACGGUGGGUCCCAGCGCGGGACGGUCCGAGCAGGCGUUCUGAGGCCUUGGAGGAUGCUCAGAAAGCGGAGAGACUUGCGAUCGACAACUCCGACAGAAGACGUGUGGCAGCUGCACGGGUCGCUCAAGCACAGGCAUUGGUGGUAAAAGGCGAUGAUGCCUCAGCUUUGGACAUGUUGAAGGAGGCCCGCAGCUUGUUUCAGAGAGCGGGAGACGCCGAUGGCGCCAGAUUUGCUGCCGCAUUCAUGUUUGGCGCAGAGGGAGCUUCAAAGGCAAGUUCCAAGCCAGAAGAUCAUGUGUACUCCGGGUGCGCCACAUGGGAGGGUUUGGCCAAGCAGCCAGACCAAUGGUGGGCGGAUCACAUCCACUUUCAGUUUGCAGGUAGCAAUGCGGGAGCCAUGAUCUCUGAGUCAAUCGAGGCAAAGCCUGUGAACAAGCAGUCUGUUUUUUCUCGCGCAGCAGAUGUCUCGCGAUCGCUGACCACCACAAGCAACAUCUGGGAUGAGUACAACUUGGUCCAAGAGCUCGGAAGCGGAAGUUUUGGCGUAGUCCGUUCAGUGACCCAUCGGGACAGCAAGCAGCGCUACGCCGCCAAGACCGUGCGGCUGACGGAUCAACCCGAGCCAGAGAUGCUGAUGGUUUCGUUGGAGCAUCCUCACAUCCUGCAGCUGCGUCAGAUCGUGGAGGACGGUGGCGAGCGACAUCUCAUCUUGGACCUUUGCACUGGUGGCGACCUCGAGAAAUGGUACUUUGGCUUCGAAAGGAUAGAGGACCGGUACGACGAAGACUUCGAAGGCACACGCUUCUACGACCAGCCAAGCACUUCCUCAGUGCUCUGUUUGGCUGAGCAGAUGUUCUCUGCCAUUGCCUAUCUGCACGAGAGAUCAGUGGUGCACCGAGACGUGAAACCUCCGAACUGGAUGUUGGCUUGCCGGAGUCUAUUCCCAAAAGUGAAGCUUUCGGACUUUGGGCUAGCGUGCGAGUGCCAAGCCGGGGAGGUGUUGACGGAGAAAUGUGGUUCGCCCCAUUACAUGGCUCCGGAAGUUUUUGAGUGCUCGUAUACGGCCUUGUGCGAUGUUUGGAGCACUGGCUUGGUCGUUCAUGAUAUUGCUGUCGGCAGCCCUUUGUUCCACAAAAUUCCGGAGCCUCAAUUGGAGGAACACGUCUGCGGACUGAUAGAGAUGACAUCGCCGACGUGGCGCUAUCAUAAGCCUUUUUUGAAGGCUUUCGUUGCGGAGCUUCUGCAGCGCGAGACACAGGGUCGACAGGAUUACACCGGGCUCGAUUGCACCGACUACAAAUGUUGUAGCACUGUUCUGAUAGAAGACAUGCGGGUACCAAAGCGAUCGAUCGGAACUGGACUUGGCGAGUCCUCCGUCCAAGAUGUGAUGGACACUAUGCCAGGAGGCUCCGGGCCAGCAGGCCUGGACGGCAGCUCGGCCAUGAAGCCGAAGCUUUCGGAGCUGCUGAUGCUCUGCUUGCUCUUUGAAGGAAGGGCGGAGGGUUUGGAUCUGGGAGCAGCUGAGAAGCAGCUGGCACCCUGUGCGGAGCUGCUUCUCGAACGCAAUGGCCAGAGCGAUGAGCUGAUGGCUUGCCGCGUUCCCCUGCUUGGCUCACUGCAUAACGACCAGAUUCCCGGGUACAGGUACAAUGUCACGGAAGACUGCCACUUCUGGGCAAGCUAUGCAGCCAGAGAUCGUCACGUCGAGGGCUCGAGCAUUCUGGACUUCACUCGAUUGGCGGCUUUCCGCUUAAAUUCUCCAUUCAUCCCGCCCUUGCAGCAGAAUGGCACUGCCCUCUACAUCGGCGCUCAUCGCUCGGGAGACGACGGCCUGGUGUUCCAGCGUCGCCAUGGGUUGCAGAUGCACUUGUUUGAGCCUUCCCCGACAUACUUCCAAAUGCUGAGGGACUCCUUGGCCGGAGCUCCUGGCUUCAUUCUUCAUAAUUAUGGCCUGGGUUCAAAGACCCGCCGGGCACUUCUGCGCCUGAGUGGGACUGCAUCCCGAAUCGUUAACAUGACUCAGACGGGUGCAGACCUAGAAGAUGACCUGGAAGACGAACUCGACGACGAAGAAGGUGAUCCAGAAGGCACCGAAACGGUAUGGAUUCGUUCAGCUGCCGAAGCGAUUCCAGAGGUUUUGGCAGAAGAUAGGACAGGCUUUGUGGAGUUGCUUCAUGUGAACUGUGAAGGUUGCGAGUAUGAUGUUGUGCAAGGCCUCAGCCAGACGGGACAACUCUUUAGAGUUGGUCAGAUUCAGCUUGCUACGCACCUGUUGGAGUAUACCGGGCCUGCUUCCGAUUUUCAGGAGGCGCUCUCCUUGUCUUUGCAGAUCUCUGUUAAGCGCUAUUGCGAAAUGCACCAGACGCUUUCACUCACACAUGAUCGUGCGUGGGGUUUGCCCUGGGUUUGGGAGCGGUGGACACGCCGUGAUGGAAGAAAAGCGCUCUGCAGUGCUGGAAGCAGCACACUGAAGCAGCUUCCCGAACGGCCUUGCCUUCAGUGGAGCUGGCUGCAUUAA